AUGGGAAUUCAUAAAUUUGUGGAGCUACAAACAGAACCGUUAGAUUUGUCAAUGCCAAGAAUGAUUGAGAAACGGAUUAAACCAUCAGAUCUAUCAGCGCCAGAGGUAAGUGGGAGGCAAGUAGAACUCAGCGAAAUUGAUCAGAAUGACGCAAGAUCGUUGAACUUACCAGUUCAAGAAGUGAGUAUGGCAAAAACAAGUAUAGCAAUUGACCCGAAAAUAUUAUGGUACGGACCGUUUCAAAAGGGAAUCUCCGGACUGGAAGAACAUAUGAAUGACACAGCUGAUAAGCCGUACAAAUGCGAAACAUCCGGAAAGGGUUUCAAAACGUCAUCGAGUUUGUAUGGCCGUAAGAAGAUUCAUGCCGGUGUGAAGCCGUACAAAUGCAAAACGUGCGGAAAGGGUUCCGCUAACCCAUCGGAUAUGAAGAAACAUGCGAGAAUUCACACAGGUGAUAAACCGCACAAAUGCGAUGCAUGCGGGAAGAAUUUUACUCAGUCAUCGCAACUGAAUCAACAUGCGAGAAUUCACACAGGUGAUAGACCGCACAAAUGCGAAACAUGCGGGAAGAAUUAUAUUCAGUCAUCGCAUCUGAGACGACAUAUGAAGACUCACACAGGUUCUUAA